CGUCCCGCCUGCACCUUUUAGCAAUGGCGGCGUCUGGGGAGCCCGGGAGUCGGUGCCCCGAGGAGGCGGCCGCGGUGGUGGUGGUGGGCUCCUGCAUGACCGACCUGGUCAGUCUUACUUCUCGUUUGCCAAAAAUCGGAGAAACCAUCCACGGACAUAAGUUUUUUGUUGGCUUUGGAGGGAAAGGUGCCAACCAGUGUGUCCAAGCUGCUAGACUUGGAGCAAAGACAUCGAUGGUGUGCAAGGUUGGCAAAGAUUCUUUUGGCAAUGAUUAUAUAGAAAACUUAAAACAGAAUGGUAUUUCUACAGAAUUUACAUACCAGACUAAAGAUGCUGCUACAGGAACUGCUUCUAUAAUUGUCAAUAAUGAAGGCCAGAAUAUCAUCGUCAUAGUGGCUGGAGCAAAUUUACUUUUGAAUACUGAAGACCUGAGGGAAGCAGCCAAUGUCAUUAGCAGAGCCAAAGUGAUGAUCUGCCAGCUAGAAAUAACUCCAGCUACUUCUUUGGAAGCCCUGACAAUGGCCCGCAGCAGUGGCGUGAAAACACUGUUCAACCCAGCCCCUGCCCUGGCUGACCUGGACCCCCGCUUCUACACCCUCUCCAGUGUGUUCUGCUGCAAUGAGAGUGAGGCUGAAAUUUUAACUGGCCUCACAGUGGGCAGCCCUGCGGACGCCGGGAAGGCUGCCUCCGUGCUCCUGGAGCGGGGCUGCCAGGUUGUGAUCAUCACCCUAGGGGCUGAAGGAUGUGUGAUGCUGUCGCAGACAGAGCGUGUCCCGAAGCACAUUCCCACUGAGAAAGUCAAGGCUGUGGAUACCACGGGUGCUGGUGACAGUUUCGUGGGAGCGCUGGCCUUCUACCUGGCUUACUACCCAAACCUGUCCUGGGAAGAAAUGCUCAAGAGAUCCAAUUUCGUCGCAGCAGUCAGCGUCCAGGCUACAGGAACACAGUCAUCUUAUCCAUACAAAAAAGACCUUCCACUUACCCUGUUCUGAUUGCUAUUAACCCCCAAAUAAAACAACUUGGGGACGGCCACUCAUAGCUAAGACUUACUAGAAAAUGGCCUCUUCUCCUAUCUUUACUUGCAAAUGUUCAUUUACUAAAAGCCACCUUCAUUUAUGUCUCACAUUUCCUUUACUACUCAUGCAUUUGCAAGAGCCAACCAGAAUUUAAAAUUCCACAAUUAGGAUCUGCACAAUGACCACUCUUCAGGGACCAGCAAACUCUCCUGCCAACAGAUCUCUAAUGCUGUGUGUUCACCAGACAGCAAGGGUUGUGGCCAACAAUGCCUGGAGCCACAGCAGAAAAUGCUGAGCAAAGGGGGCAGCUGAUACUCAACUUUAGCUUAGCAUUGUCAAAGCUUCUGGUUUUGGAAGUGAAGCCAGAACUUUGGGUAUUUAUUGAAACCUUUCAGUUUAUGGGCCAGCAACUGAGUUUACAAAUGUAAACACCACCUUUGGGCCACACUCAGUCUGUAGGCUGAAUAGACCAAGUCAUUUAAGCCAGAUGGUAGGUUUUAAAAAAAAAAAAAAAAAUGACCCAGCAUAUCCCAUAUCCUUUCUACUGGCUUAGCUAGGAUCAGUUGGAAGAUUUUUCUUGUAACCCAAGACCAUUGUGUAUACUUUGAGCCUAAAAAUAGAGAAGAUCUGAUUAUUGCUUUGAAUCACAGCGCUGACAAGAUGCCAUAAAAGAGCUGCCUGACUAUGCCACAAGCUCCUAGGACUCGCCAACUGUCUACAUCGAAUUCUAUUUCUAGAGAGCUGCUCUUGCAUUUCCUCUGGAGAUACGGAUUGGGCCAUGAGGAUGGAACACCUGUUAUUUGGGGACAGCACUGGUUUCUUAGUGCUUAUGGCAGGAUGGUCACUCUCCCUUACAAAUGCUUUAAGUGUGAACCAGUAGAGGUUAAAAAAAAAAAACAAAAA